AUGCCGGAGCCGCUGGGCCGCACCGUCCAGCUGUGCGCUGCCGCUCGCGGGGCCGCCCGUGGGCCGCGGGUCGCCGGGGUCGCGGAGGUCGCUGGGAGCCAGGAGGCCCACGCCACUGCCGGCUCGGAGGGUGCACGCGGCUCUCGUGUGGGCCGGGCCCCGGAAGCCCUGUGGCACCUGCGGCACCUGCGGCAGGUGAACCGCCAGCGCCGCUCCGUGGAGGUGCCUGCGCCGGCUGCCCCGGGGCCUCUGCCGCUGGGGGGAUCCAGCCGGGGGGGAUCCAGCGGGAAGGAUCCAGCGGGGAGGAUACAGGGGGGAGGAUCCAGCCGGAAGGAUCCAGCCAGGAGGCUCCGGGGCCUGGAUCCUGGCUCAGGUGUUGGCUCUGCGACCUCGGGAAACACCCACCCCCUUGAGUGGCGGGCGGGGUUCUGGACAGAGUGCCGGUCUGCAGAAGCAAGGGACUCGGGGCGCAGGGGAGAGCGGGGCCGGGUCACCUGGGCCCCCGAGGCCUGUGCAGGUGCUUCAGGGCGAGCUCGCGGCUCCCCUGUCGGCUGGCGCCAAGCGGCACCAUCGCUGCCCUGGGCCCUGACUUCACUUCUCUGCAGCCCCGACCUCGGCAGGAGCCACCCUGUCUGCCCCUCCCCACCGGGGCUCAUCCCCCCCUGCAGGACGCCUGGCCAUCCGGGCCCCUUGUCCCCCGCUGCCACUGGAGGCCACGCAUCCUGCUGCUUCCAGAGUCCCCUCAUCCCCCUCCACUUCUCCAGCGACCUGCUGGCGCAGUGA